CCGCACCGUCAGACAACAUGUUGGAGUGUGAAGAAUACGGCCAGAUGUCGACGGGCGCCCGCAAGGUGUCGUUCGACGGCGGCGUGAAGGCGGAGCAGGACUCGACCGUCGGCGUGUCGGCCACGGCAGAGCCGCCUCUGCCGCGGGACGCCAGGGUGGGCGGCCGGCCCCGCGGCCGCUACAGGAGCCGCUCGCUGUCGGCCUCCUCCAACGACAGCUACAGCUCAGCCUCCUACACGGGCAGCAGCUCCGACGAGGAUGACAUCUCGCCCCGUGAGAAGACGCAGACGGCCGCCGACGGCUUCGCCGACUUCUGCAUCCGCAACGUGCAGCAGGCGGCCUUCGGGCGGCGCGAGAUCGAGAUCGCGGAACAAGAGAUGCCGGGCAUCAUGGCGCUGAGGAAGCGAGCCGCCGAGGACAAGCCGCUGAGGGGCGCCAAGAUCGUCGGCUGCACGCACAUCAACGCUCAGACGGCGGUGCUGAUCGAGACGCUCAUCUCUCUGGGCGCCACGGUACGCUGGGCCGCCUGCAACAUCUACUCCACCCAGAACGAGGUGACGGCCGCCCUGGCCGAGAAAGGGGUGUCGGUGUUCGCGUGGCGCGGCGAGACAGAGGACGACUUCUGGUGGUGCAUCGACAAGUGCAUCAACGCCGAGAACUGGCAGCCCAACAUGAUUCUGGACGACGGCGGCGACGCCACCCACCUCAUGCUCAAGAAAUAUCCGGCCAUGUUCAAGCUUAUCCGCGGCAUCGUGGAGGAGUCGGUGACGGGCGUGCACCGGCUGUACCAGCUGAGCAAGCAGCAGAAGCUGAGCGUACCGGCCAUGAACGUGAACGACUCGGUCACCAAGACCAAGUUCGACAACCUGUACUCGUGCCGCGAGAGCAUCAUCGACAGUCUGAAGCGCGCCACCGACAUCAUGUUCGGUGGGAAGCAGGCGCUGGUGUGCGGCUACGGUGAGGUCGGCAAGGGCUGCUGCCAGUCGCUGAAGGGGCUCGGCUGCGUGCUGUACGUCUCCGAGGUGGAUCCCAUCUGCGCCCUGCAGGCCAGUAUGGACGGGCUGCGCGUCGUCAAACUGAGCGAGGUCAUUCGCAACGUGGACAUCGUCAUCACGGCCACGGGCAACAAGAACGUGGUCACCCGGGAGCACAUGGACCGCAUGAAGAACGGCGCCCUGCUCUGUAACAUGGGCCACUCCAACACGGAGAUCGACGUGAACUCGCUGCGCACGCCCGAGCUGACCUGGGAGAAGGUGCGCUCCUCGGUGGACCAUAUCAUCUGGCCGGACGGCAAGCGGAUCGUGCUGCUGGCCGAGGGUCGCCUCGUCAACCUCACCUGCUCCAGCGUGCCCUCGUUCGUCGUCUCCAUCUCGGCCGCCACGCAGGUGCAGCCGGAGCGCUGUGGUGUGAAGGAUCUCUCCCAAACAUGA